AUGGCACCUUUUGGUCAAACGAUCGCUGUGAUUGACAAGACCGGCAAGGUUGUGAGCACGAGUAAGCAAUUAUUCGGUGUUUUCACCCAUGCCAAAAACGCCUAUCGGGAGCGCAAGUCUGCCUUCCAAUCAGAACGCAAUGCAAAAAUUGCAGAGCAACAAGCACUCGAAGGACUCGCCAACUAUCAGAUCGAUGAUUCGGUAGCCUCUUCUGAACGAAACCAUGGGACUCGGUCAAAGCAUCACAGCGGCCACGGUCGAAGCUCUCAUUACGGGCCAUCGGCAGCAAUGGCCCGCCGUCACACCUCUCACGAUGUGUCGGUCCGAGGUGCCCCUCGUCCAACGGGUCGGUCAAAAUCGGAUGCGCAUAUCGACAUGGAUCUUGCAUACGGAGACGCCUCUCAUGCAGCCUUAUCUCGAUACAACCCCCCAGAGCCCAAAAACGACCAACAACAGCUUGAUGUUCUUGUCAACCGUGCACAGUGGAUUCUUGAAGAAGCACACUGUUUGCAUCAUGGUGCUGCCGCGACCAUGGCCCAUCUCCAGCAGAACCCAAAAGCCAUGGCCGCCGUCGCCUUGACUCUAGCGGAGAUCAGCAAUCUGGCCCGCAUGAUGGCCCCCACCGCAUUAGCCUCGCUCAAGUCAGCCGCGCCAGUCGUCUUCGCUCUUCUUUCCAGUCCUCAAUUCCUCAUCGCCGCCGGAGUCGGUCUGGGCGUAACGGUCGUCAUGUUCGGAGGAUACAAGAUUAUCCAAAGAAUCGCAGCCGGUGCUAUGGGAGAGUCCGGCAAAACGGAAGCAGAAAUGGAAGAAAUGAUGGAGUUCAACACAGCCGAAAUCAGUUCUGUUGAGACGUGGAGACGCGGUGUCGCUGACCAGCAAGUCUACAGCGCUGGAACAUCUGUCGAAGGCGAGUUCAUCACACCCGUGGCAGCGGCCAUGUCGGGCAUUGAUGUGACGACUGCUCGGGCGACACGGGAUCCUCGUUUCAAAUUUGAUGAAGAUGCCUCGGUCGCUUCAUCCCGUCGCUCCCGUCGUUCACGCACCACCCGCGCUCCGGAUCGACGCGAUCGAAGGUCAAAAGCUCCUUUGGAGGAACCGAGUGGGAUCUUCGGGCGAAGCUCCUCCAAGUCCAAGGCGCCAUCGAAUGUCCCCAGCCGCACCUCAUCUAAACACGGCACCUAUGUCACCGAAACUGAGAAAAGGGAGAAGGAGAAAAAGAAAGCUCCUAGCCGGCUACGCCUUAUGUUCACCUCUUCCACUUGA